AUGCCAUACUGCCACCGCUGCAGGACCCUCACUGCCAAAGAGCUGCGGGAAAAUGACGUGCUGUUUCAUCCUAAUCUACGCUCCUUGAAAGACAGCGCAGACAGGGGAUGCGAGUUUUGCUUUGUAUGUUGGACCGCAUUCAAAAAGGAUGCAGCCAAACACGUGGAUGGCCUUUUGCGUGGUGAAUCUCCGUUCCCCAAAGGAUCGGAAUGGACGCCGGCGAUAUGGCUGAACGGCAACCAAUUCGGCCACCCAACCUCUGGCGAUACCAUUGCAGUGAGUUGCGGGAGGCGAGGUCCCAAGUCAGACUUUUGGCCAGAGGUGAAUCCGGAGAACAUCGAAGCAGUGCUGGAGGUGUACGAGGAACCAGGCACUCGGUCCAAGUACAAUAUCAGGGGGCGAAGAAGCACGUCCUAUCAGAACCCCGAGCUUCACGUCGCCCUAAUAAAAGAAUGGAUGGCCACAUGUCGCGCCCAUCACCCUCGCUGCUCACUUACACGAGGAUCCGAAAUGCCCACCAGAGUAAUCCACGUUGGCGAUCCCGCCAACAACACACAGCCAAGGCUCAUUGCCACUGCUCAACAUGGCAUUUCCGAGCCCUAUGCCGCCCUGUCGUACUGCUGGGGUGCUAACACGUCUAAUGUCCCCAAAUUGACCGAUGCCACGUACUCCUCCUUCGUGCAGGGCAUCGACGAGUCCACGCUGUCCCAGUCGCACAAGGACAUGAUACAUCUCGCCCGCGCUCUCGGCAUCAACUACGUCUGGAUCGACGCUCUGUGCAUUAUCCAAUUCAACGCGGCCGACUGGGAGCGCGAAUCGAAACGCAUGGCGGUAGUGUACGGAAACGCCGCGCUCACCGUCAUAGCCGGGCGGUCAUCAGACUCGAAACACGGCUUCAUAGCAAACAAUGCCGCCCAAAAUAGGAUCUUUUGUAAAUUACCCCACGAAGCGUCAGAAACUCCGACAAUCAUGGUUGGUCUCCAGCGAUCCCAUGACAUUGGGCCGACCUCGACCAGAGCAUGGUGUUUCCAAGAAAGGCUCCUCAGCCAACGAGCCGUCGUCUUUGGCCUAGAACAACUCAGGUUCUCCUGCAGAGCAGGAUCCGUGUACGAGGACGGCUUCAAGACGGCCGGCAACGCCGGUUCCAAGUUGUUGGGAUCGGCACCAAUACAGCCACCGUCUCGGAACGAACAGCACGCAGCGCACGAGGCCUUGAAAGAGUGGUACGGGCUCCUGUUUCCGUAUACCAAGUGCCGGCUUUCGAACCCGCACGACGCCUUUGCCUCUCUGUCGGCCAUGGCGCAGCAGGCCGCCGCCGUGCUCGGGUCGCGCUAUCUGGCUGGCGUUUGGGAAUGCGACAUCGUGCGAGGGUUGAUGUGGCGGCCUACAUACCACGUCGCGCCGAACUGGAAGCCAACUACGCGGCCGAAGCCGACGUCAUUCACGGGGUCUUGUCAGAUUGUUACCCGCGCGCCGUCCUGGUCGUGGGUUUCUGUGGAGGGGGAGGUAUCGCAGGAGUCGUUUGUUCCUCCCAAGGUGGCACUGUACAGGGACCGGUCCAACGUGAAGAUUCGACCCGUGUUUCUUCAUCCAGAGAAGUGGUCAGAGGAUGCCGAGUGUGGAGUGGACAAGCUGCACAUGCCGGCGUGUGAAUUACGAUUCGUGGGACGCGUGGUCGGCGCCCGCGUGCUUGAGGAAUCGCCCAGGUUGCGCUAUACGAGCCUCAGAAAGGCGAUUCAAAAGCCGGUCAAAACAUUGGCACCCGGCAAAUACAGCGUCUUGUUGGUGGGAACCGGAGCCCCCGCUGGUGAACUGCACGAGGAUGAGCUGCUUGGGAAUGUCACUGCCCUGGGGCACUUUGAUGUUCAGGAGGAAAGGGUCGGUGUAAGCCACGUUUAUUGCUUGCAACUCAUCCCCAGGUAUGGAUUGAUGCUCAAGAGAAACUCUGAUGGGUCGUAUAGCCGUCUUGGGUGGUUCAUGCUGGAGCAAGACGAAUGGUUUAUGAGUCAAGUCGAAACCGAUGUGAGACUUGGAUAA